AUGGAGCGCUUAGAAGGAGGCAGUGCUAGAGGUGAGAGGCCUGAGGGGAACAUUCUCGACACAGACAGCUCCAUUACGAUUCUUGAUAUCCCAUGCUCGAUAUCCAAUGCUGCUCGUCUAAGGACCUCCUCGGAGGAGGUGCAACAGAAUACAUUCCCAGAAAGCAUUGACCCGGCCUUUGCAGAUUACUACUUUGUCUUUCCACAAGGCCUGGAAAGCUUUGUGAGUAGAAUAAAAAACAAGAGGUUUGUCUAUAGGUUCUCCAAGGACAAAACUCUGGAAAUAGUCAGAUGCAGGGACCAUAGAUCCAUGUGCACCUUAGACGUCGUUGACUUUGAAAAGGACGAAGUUGAGAUGUGCGAAAACAGCAUUUCUCUUGUUUUGAACAGAAGUAGGUGCCGAAGCUCCUCAAAGGCUGAGGAAGACAAGGAGUAUAGAAGAGCACUAGAAGAGGGCAGGAAGUACGUUAGAAGGGAAAGCAGGUACGAAAGCAGGAUUGAGAAGAUGCAUCUUGCACAGAUCACAGGCAGUAGGAACUUCAUAUUCGUCGACGACCCCCAGAGCCUUCCUGGUGAGCUGAAAGCCGUUGUGAAGCACUUGGAUUCAAAGGGCAUUCACAUACCCAAAACAAAGACAUUCUCUCCAGAGCAGAAGACCGAGCAUCUCCAGCAUGUCCUGCAGAGCAUCACGGGAAUAGGAAAAAAUGUAGCGCGAAGCUUAUCCCUCCACUUCAGAAACAUCAGCCGACUCCAUUCAUUCCUUGAAAACGACAGCGAUGGGCUGCUGAAGGAAUUCAAGAUCUGGGACUCUGAUGGAAAGCAUUCCAGGCCAUUGGGAGAAAAGCAGAGCAACAGGAUAAAAAGCGCGUUUGGAGACGUCGGGAAGCUCUAG